AUGAAGACCCAAGAAGAGAAGUUCAUCAACCAGGGCCAGGAGGAUGAGAUGGAAACAUGGGGGUACCGACCCUGUAUGUGGAAAACCAUCCUGUUUGGAAUGGCAACUGUUUGCUCCGGCGGUCUUCUGCUGUUGCUGCUCUACUGGCUGCCUUGGUGGGGGGUCAAAGCCACCUGCACUAAAACCUCCCUGAAGGAGGCGCGUUGGCUGCUGCUCAGGACCACGGAUGAUUUCAAACGGUGGUUUGCUGCCAAAGUCCACGUGAUUUCGGCUCCAGGGAAGACCCCCUUCGAUAGUGUGGAAUUGACAACUCACUCACAGGGCGGAGACGAACAUAAGAAGCAAAAUGGGAAAAUUUCCCAUAGAGAGAAUGUUAAGGUCCACUACUUCACCCACCACAGCAUCAAAUACUACUGGAAUGAAGAGACACAGAACUUUGUGCCCUACAAGGGCUUGGAGGAUACCCACGUAAGCUGUGGACACAUCCACACCGACCACAGCUCUGGACUCCCAAAAACCCUGCAGGAUUACAGAGCUUUGUUUUUUGGCAAGAAUGAAAUUGACGUAAAAGUGCCAUCUUUAUUCGAGCUAUUAGUAUAUGAGGUCUUGAAUCCAUUUUACAUCUUCCAGCUUUUUGCUGUUGUGGUGUGGUCUCUUGAGGACUACUACCAUUACGCUUUAGCCAUGCUUUUAAUGUCAGCCAUUUUAUUAAUCGUCUCUCUGUACAGCCUUAAAAAGUACUACAGGAGACUAAGUGGCAUGGUGGUAGCACACAACGUGGUACAGGUUUCAGUGUGCCGAGGAAAUGAAGACUUUGAACAGGUCAUGUCAACAGAGCUCGUGCCAGGUGAUGUCAUCACGAUUCCGACGGAUGGAAUGAUCAUGCCAUGUGAUGCCGUGCUCGUCUGCGGCGCCUGCACUGUCGAUGAGAGCAUGUUGACAGGGGAGAGCGUUCCAGUUACUAAGACCAGUGUGCCAACUUCAGGCGAGGAUGCAGACAGGGUGUACAGUACAGAGGAACACAAGCUACACACCCUCUUCUGUGGCUCCUAUGUUAUCCAGAGUCGUUACUACGCUGAUGAGCUGGUGAAAGUGGUCGUGGUCAGAACAGGCUUCAGUACAGAGAAGGGCCAGCUUAUGCGCUCCGUCAUCUACCCCAAACCCACCGACUUUAAGCUGCACCGUGAUGCUAUGCAUUUCCUGAUGUGUAUGGUGGGGCUGGCAGUGGUUUCCGUCAUCUACGGCAUUGUCAAUGGUGUAAUAAAUGAGUUUCCUGCCGAUUAUAUCAUCUUUGAUUGUUUAAACAUCGUCACCAUCGCUGUGGCCCCGAUAUUACCCCUGGCUUUGACUGCUGGUCUUGUGAAUGCACAGCGCCGCAUGAAGCGGGUCGGUAUCUUUUGUACCAGUCCGCAGAGAAUCAACAUCGCUGGUCAGCUGAACCUGGUUUGUUUUGACAAGACUGGUACUCUCACUGAGGACACUUUGAACCUGUGGUGUAUUCAGAGAGCUGAGGAUGGCAUGUUUUCACCUCCAGAGACUGAGGCAGCUAUAGAAAGUCUGGUGAAGACUUUGUUUGUCACCUGCAUGGGUACCUGCCACUCACUGGCGACCAUAGACGACAAACUCUGUGGUGACCCUUUGGACCUGAAGGUGUUCAGAUCCACAGGAAUGGUCCUCGAGGAGCCAACGGAAGAACAUAAUGUACUUUACAGUGCUAAAAUUUCCACGCUUGUGAGACAUCCACAUCAGGUAAUCCCUUCAUAUACUAUGACAUUGAUGUUUCAGUGUGAUGGGUUUGGGAUUGUGCGCCACAUCCGCUUCUCCUCAACACUAAAAAGGAUGAGUGUGGUGGUCAGACAACAGGGAAAAACACAUUUUGAUGUCUACCUGAAAGGAGCACCAGAGACUGUAGUGAAUCUCUGCAAACCGCACACAGUCCCAGACACUUUCACAGAAAUGUUGGAGAAUUACACCCGGCAGGGUUUCAGAGUCAUUGCCUUGGCACAUCACCAACUGGAGUCCACCUUGUCCUGGUCUGAAGUCCAAGACCUCAGUCGAGAGGAGCUCGAGUCCAACAUGGACUUCCUUGGCUUGAUCAUCAUGCAGAACAAAAUCAAAGAACAGACUGCCGGCGUGUUGCUUGAGUUACGGCAAGCCAACAUUCGUACUUUGAUGGCGACAGGUGACAACAUAUUGACAGCCAUAUCAGUGGCUCGAGAUUGUGGGAUGGUUCAAGCCCAUGAGAAGGUUAUUAUUGCUGAUGCUGUUCCUCCAAUUGAUGAAAACCCUGCUAGCAUCACUUGGCGCUACGCUGACAACCCAGUUUUGGACAACAAUCAGGAGGGAGUGAAAGAAGAGGAGAUGCCGGGCUAUCACUUCGCUAUGAGUGGUCAAUCCUUCGCUAUCAUCACUGAACACUUUCCAGAACUUGUUCAGAAGUUGCUCCUUAGAGCCACUGUGUUUGCUCGAAUGACUCCAGACCAGAAGACUCAGCUAGUACAAGUACUACAGAACAUUGAUUACAUUGUAGGGAUGUGUGGGGAUGGCGCUAAUGAUUGUGGGGCCUUGAAGAAAGCUCACACUGGUAUCGCUCUCUCUGAACUGGAGGCCUCCGUAGCUUCCCCCUUCACUUCCUCCAUCCCAAACAUCUCCUGUGUUACCAACCUCAUCAGGGAGGGCCGUGCUGCUCUUGUAACGUCUUUCUGUGUGUUCAAAUUCAUAGCCCUCAACAGCAUCAUCCUGACCUUUGGCAUGAUUCUGUUGUACUCGGUUUUUAGCAGCUAUGGAAGCCUCCAGUUUCUUUGUAUUGACACUGCCAUUGGUUUAUUUUUGCCCUUUACAAUGAGUUUGAACCCGGCAUGGAAGAAGUUGAUGCGACGCACCCCUCCGACAAGUCUAAAGUCAGGUCCAGUGGUUUUCUCUGUUUUAUCUCAGAUCCUCAACUGCCUGCUCUUCCAGCUGCUGGCUUUCUUCUUAGUACGACAACAGAGCUGGUAUACAACGCUUGAGAAAGCUACCUGUCAUGAGACCAGCGCUGUCGUUGAGCUAGAAGACGUAUAUGUCAAAACCUUUGAAAACGCCUCCCUCUUCUUCGUUACCUCCUUCCAGGGCAUGAUUGUAGGCGUUGUCUACUCCAAAGGAAAACCUUUCAGAGAACCAAGCUAUAAAAACUGGCCAUUUAUGUUGACCUGUGCUGUUUUGUAUGUUUUUUUCUUGGUCAUCUUGCUGCAUCCCAUUACUGUCAUAGACAACGCAUUGCUGAUUGUGUGUAUUCCCUACGACUGGCGCAUAACCCUCGUCAUGAUUAUUUUAGGACAUAGUGUUGUCUCUUUCACACUAGAGAUUUUAAUCAUUGACACCUUGUGGAUCAUUGUUAAAACCAAACUGUGGGCAAAGUCAACCAACAAUGCCCUCACUAAUAACACAGGACAGGUGAUGAAUGGCCGCUGGAGCUUCCUCUCUUGGAUGACCUGCUGUGAACGGUGUUCUCCAAAGACUAAAUACAACCAUCUGACUCUGAAGCUGCAGGAGCAGGCUGACUGGCCUCCUGCACCGUCCACUGUCACCUACGCAAGUACACCUCAGUCCCCCAUCGCUGUCACCCAGUAAUUCGUGUCUACCUGCAAACAGUGGCUUCCACUGUAAAGGUCUCAUUUUAUGGUAUUUUUCAACAUCUCAGAGGUCCCACAAUUAGUGACAUAUGGUUAAAUGUAAGUUGCAAUGUUGCAUUUAAGUUAUACUUCUUGUAUUUCUUAAAUAUUAUACAACGUAACUUUAUUUAUUUAAAUAAAUGUAUUGACUUCAUAAGGGACAAUUUUCGGGGAAAUGUUUUUUGUACGAUUUCUUCAAGAAUAUAUGCUUUGAAAAAAACAACACAAAGUAGCUUCCUGUUUAACAUGAAAAGGCAAAAUUACAUUUAAAACAUUUUCCCGAAAACUGUCCCUGUCCCUUAUAACCCUGUUUUACGGUAGUAUUAUAUG